AUGUCCAAACAGAAAGAACUUCUUUCAACUUCACUGAAUCCACCCAAACUAUGUCCCAUAUCGUGUUCGAAGGAGACUAGUCGAGCAAUUAAACUAACUAAAUCCUUUGAUGAUUUGAAUUCUAAUGGCAGCGUUGGUCGUGCAACAUAUUUCAAACUAAUCCAUCUCUGGGACAAAGACUUUGGUAAUGUUUCAGACUUCACUACUUAUUUUUCUUUCGCUAUCAACUCCAAAGGUAAUGAGAGCAGAGGCAAUGGAUUUGCAUUCUUCCUUGCUAACAAUGGCUCCAAAGUCCAGGCUUUAUCAAAAAAUGGAUGUCUUGGUCUUUCAAAUGCAACCGAUGUGCAUCCAUUUGUUACUGUGGAAUUUGACACAGGAUAUAGUCCUAAAUGGGACCCGAGUGAUUGA